ACUCUAUUGAGUUACGUAUACGUAUCAAUUAAGGCUUUAGCAAUCACACUAAUACAAACAUUUUGGUUUGAAGCAUAUAAAUCUCGAAAAGUCUCUUGUCACUCGUAGCUGCAAGUGUGCUCUUUCACUGUCAGAAACGCAAAGUCUCUUAGAGCCAACCCAUGCACUGUCCACGUAAAGUGAUCUUGGGUUGAUAUCUCGCUCCAUUCUAUCACUCCGUAGUCGGUUCAUUGUAACUCCACAUCUGGUGCAGAUUGUUGCUCUAUUAGUAAAACCAGUAGGUUUUACAUAGGAUUGGCAGUGGGUUUGCCUGUGUUUAGCAAUAUUUCAAUUAUUUUGACUCAUGUUCAAACUGUUCUAUCUCUGCAGGGAAAGGCCACAUCAAGGAACUGGCUAGACAAAUAGUUUAAGUACAUUUUUGCCGGGUAACUCCCAAAGCUGUGUUUCCUCGAGACAUCACCUCUUUCAGCAACUUAUAACACGCCUAGUCCAUGAGUCACGUGUAGUACUUGCUAAUGACUGACCACACCCAGUAAAAAGAGACUUUCCAAUAAAGUUAUAUGUUCCCAAGGCUGUUUUAGAGCUAUUGGAACAUGUAACGUGUAAGCGUGCUGGUUAUGACUACUACAAUAGGUAUAGACCUUGAAAUAUAACUAUCAUCAUGAAGAUUUCAGUGAUUGCCACUGUGGCUCUGCUAUCUCUCCUGGCUCUGGCCUCUUCUGCUUCUAAUCGUUAUUAUUAUCAGGAGAUACUUGCCCAGCUGCAAAAAGAUGUUAAACAGGCCGAUAAGCAUGCUAUGGCUGAACAAAAAGAUAGCCCAGCUCGUCAGCAACACUAUUAUCAGCUAAAGAAUGCCAUGCUUCAACAAAAUGGCCCAGCUGUUCAUGUCAAUGGAAACGGUAUGACCGUCCAGUUUGCCUAUUAUGGUUUAUCCUGUGUUAAGUACGAGCUCGAGUACUUAGUUCAAUACGUUAGCACUAACUGGGUCAGGAGUUUGUGCAAUGGAAGGACCAGCUGCUCUGGAAUUGUAUCUACUGCAGUUCUCAUGGAUCCUUACCACGGUUGUGCAAAAGACUUUCUUGCCAUUGCAGAAUGCCCCAAUGGGGACGUCAUAACUGACUUCUUGUCAAAGGAGGCUGAGUGGACGAAGUUUUCUCUGCAUUGCUGAGUAUAUAUAUAUAGCUGAACUGCAUGCAUGUGUAUA